CUUUUUUAAGUUUAAAAAUUUUGUAUAUCAAAUCUUAUAUUUUAGCAAUAAAAAAACAUACAAAAAUGACUGAGUCUUAUGAAACAAAACUAAAAACAUUAUGCAGAAUAUGUGGAGAAAGUGUAGAUAAUGAUAGUGUUCUUUUAACAAAACACAUUGCUAGAAUAGAAUUUUGUUUUUUUAUCCGAAUCGAUAAAGACCACUCAAAUAUACAUCCUCAAAAAAUGUGUUAUAGAUGCUUUUCAAUAUUAAGAAAUAUUGAAAAAGGUUCAAACACUGAACUAAAAUUAAGAUCAUGGCCUGAAAAUUGUAAUCUAACUGAAUGUGUUUGCUUUAAAUCCAAUAAAGGAAGAAAAAAAAGAAAAAGAUAAGUAGAAGACCUUCGAGUAUUAGUUAUAAAGAAAAUAAUUGGACAAGACACAAAAUAAAUAACAUACAAUCUAAUUUUUUUGAAUUUUUCAUAUUUAAUCAUAAAUCUCAGAAUUGAAAAUACUGCUUGAAGCAGACCAUAUAAAGAAAUCAUUUGGGCCACUUGUAAAAGAACUAGAUAAGGUACUUAAUUCAUUAGGAGUACAAAGACAAGCAUACCACGGGAAAAGUUUUGUUGGUAAUCAUGUUAACAAAAUGUUAAAGGAGAAAAGUAUUCUUGAACUUUGCAACUCCAUACCAAACCUUGUAGUCGAACUUGGGUUCAAUGACACUAAUAUACACAAAGAAACUAUUGAAAUUUGUAAAAACUUCAAGGUACUCUUCUCUAAAUUUGGAAUUUGUCACAAGCUUAUUAACUCCUGCAAUCAGUUCAAUGAAGAUAAGAAACAGGACCUUGAAAAUCAAAUCAAAGAUUUCAUGAAGUACUUUCGUGAAAACUGGCCAAACGCUUCAAUCACACCAAAGCUUCAUAUGCUGGAGUACCAUGCAUUACCUUUCAUUAGAAAAUGGGGAGUAGGACUAGGUACUUAUGGAGAGCAAGGUGGAGAAAGUAUUCAUGCUGAAAUCAACCGUAUGAAGAGUAUCUACUGCCAUAUGAAAGGAGUAGGUAGAUUAAGAAGCAUAAUGAAUGAGCAUUUCAUAAAAAACAACCCAACUGUAAAAAAAUACCAAAAAAAAGCUCAACCAAGAAAAAGAAAAUUGUAGAUACUAAAAAUAAUCCGAUAAAAUACUGCAAAAUGAUUUACAGAUAAUAAAUGGCAGUAAUAAAGCCUCCAUAAUAUUUCUGUCAGCAUUUUUAACCUUUUAAAAAAAACGAAAAUUUACCAAUCUUUAAAAGCAUUAUAUUAUCACAAAAAAAAGUAACCGGUUUUUGAUUUUUGCUUUAAAUGAUUCACAAACUAUUAUAUUUUCAAAAAAAAAUUGAGGUUGUCACUAAAAAAUUUAAAACUUUAGAAUAUAGACUAUAAUGUAAGCACAGGUUAAACUUCGCCUAAAAAAUAGCUAAGUUUUAAUUUAGUCCCACUUCUAUUCUCUUUGUAAAAUUAUUUAAAUGAUAGCUUUGAUGACACAUACCAUACCUAAAGUAUUGUUUUAAUAUCAUUUCUUAUAGGCAAUUUAGAAAUAUCUACAAAUAAAUCUAAUUUAAAGUUUAGACAACUCUAUUAGUAGUUUUCUGUUUACUUGCGAACAUUAUUGUUUACCAACAUUUGAAUAAAAUAUAGCGCGUGCGCAUAAUAAAUGUCUAUUACUAA